CUGGCAGGAGGACGGGUGUUAGGCUACAGUGAGUGGGAUGUUCACCGCGUGGUCUUUUUCUUUGAUAAGUCGCGGGUCUUUUCCGGAGUGAUAAAGGGGGAACUCGAGUUUCGUGGCUCCUGAGGAGUGCAAAGUAUAACUGCAUUUAAAAGGCGAUCUCAGCCAAGAGAACAGAACAUGUUGGUAUGGAGAAGAGGCAUUUGAAGUAAAGACUGAAUCUACAAACUGCCUUUCAGCAGAGUACAGCACAUUCUUCCGACAGUGUUCUGUGUGUUUGUACUUUGGAAAUAUUCUCUAAUUUUGCACCUAUUUCACAAGAGAAUGGCAUUUCAGUUCAACUUUUCUAUAGAGAACACAGACGAAAGCAGACUAGGAGCACUUGAAGACGAAAGACCCCAACGUGAAUUGAAACAGGAAUCUUUAACCCUCUCAGACAAGCAAGAAGGCCUGGCAGGAAACAGAAAUGAUCCAUCAUCAGGAGAAGAUACGUUUAACCAGGAACUUUUAUCUGAAAGGCCUGUUCAGGUGGCAGAUCACAGCUCUUUGAAUAGACACCAUGACAUAACUUUGCCAGAGAUGUUUUCUUGUCCUGCACCUUCCAAGGCUCAUGAUGUCCCUAAAGAUGUCUGCAAAGUCUUAGAAAAUAAAGUUGUAGAGACACUACCGGGCCAUAUGAAUAUUUAUGUGGUGAAAGCAGAACUCACAAAUUACUCCCACGGAGACAGCAUCCUGACUAAAAGCAUUUCUUCUCACUCAGAUCUAAUCACUGGUGUCUAUGAGGGAGGUCUGAAAAUAUGGGAAUGCACAUUUGAUCUGAUAGACUAUUUUUCAGAAGCGGAAGUUCAAUUUGCAAAUAAAGUAGUUUUGGACCUAGGCUGUGGAAGUGGGCUUCUGGGAAUCACUGCGUUGAAAGGAAAUGCGGAAAUGGUCCACUUUCAGGACUAUAACGGUGUAGUGAUUGAAGAAACAACUCUACCUAAUAUACUGGUAAACUGCAUUUGCAGGAAUGGUGAUUCUGGCGGAAUUACAGGUUCGUCUCUAGAGCAGUGCCAGGAAAGAGACUUUGACCAUGACUUAAUUUCUAAGUGCAAGUUCUUUUCUGGGGAAUGGUCAGGAUUUAGGCACCUUUUACUAAAUAGCGGUUCACCCUUGACCAAAUAUGAUCUCAUAAUCACGUCAGAAACUAUUUACAAUCCUGAUUACUAUGACGCUUUGCACGAGACACUUUCAGAAUUGCUAAAAGCGAAUGGCUGCAUAUACUUGGCUAGCAAAGCCCAUUAUUUUGGGUGUGGAGGUGGGGUCAUGCUCUUUGCAGAAUUUGUCAAAAAGAAAGGUGUGUUCAGUUCUAGAACUGUUAAAAUUGUUGACAAGGGGCUGAAACGGUUCAUUAUUGAACUGGUGUUUAAGAAUCCCUCCUAAUGUGAUCGCAUCACAGAUGUCAUUAAUAAAGAGAUACUUGAUUCUUGGCA